AUGCUCAUUACGAACCCCCACCCCCUCCGACAUCUUUUAGGUAAUGUCAAUAGAAUUGCUGCCCGACAACUUCAUUAUUCGAAACCUGCCAUGCAAGUAAUGGCUUCACAACCACUUCGUGCAACUGAAGCAACUGGGCCUAUUGCCAGUAAAUACCCUAUCAUUGAUCAUGAGUAUGAUGCGGUGGUUGUUGGUGCUGGUGGUGCUGGUCUUCGUGCAGCUUUUGGUCUCGCUGAGGCAGGCUUGAAUACUGCUUGCAUUAGCAAAUUAUUCCCAACUCGUUCUCACACUGUAGCAGCUCAGGGUGGUAUCAAUGCCGCUCUUGGUAAUAUGACUGAGGAUGACUGGAGAUGGCACAUGUAUGAUACAGUGAAAGGUUCUGAUUGGCUUGGUGACCAAGAUGCUAUCCAUUACAUGUGUCGUGAAGCUCCCAAUACGGUUAUUGAACUCGAAAACUAUGGCGUUCCCUUUUCUAGAACGAACGAAGGUAAGAUUUACCAACGUGCCUUUGGUGGUCAAAGUUUAAAGUAUGGCAAGGGCGGCCAAGCUUAUCGUUGUGCUGCCGUUGCCGAUCGUACGGGUCAUGCUAUUCUGCAUACUCUUUACGGUCAAUCGUUGCGCCACAACACCAACUAUUUCAUCGAGUAUUUUGCUCUCGAUCUCAUCAUGGAGGAUGGUGAAUGUAAGGGUAUCAUUGCUUUGAAUAUGGAAGAUGGUACGAUUCACCGUUUCAGAUCGCACAAGACGGUGCUGGCGACCGGUGGUUACGGUCGGGCUUAUUUCUCUUGUACUUCUGCUCACACCUGUACAGGUGACGGAAAUGCCAUGGUAGCUCGCGCCGGCUUGCCUUUGCAAGAUUUGGAAUUCGUUCAAUUCCAUCCUACGGGUAUUUACGGUUCAGGUUGCUUGAUCACCGAAGGUUCUCGCGGUGAAGGUGGUUAUCUCGUCAAUUCUGCUGGCGAGCGUUUCAUGGAGCGCUAUGCGCCUACGGCAAAAGACUUGGCUUCCCGUGACGUCGUAUCUCGUGCCAUGACGUUGGAAAUUAAGGCUGGCCGCGGUGUCGGUGCAGAAAAGGACCACAUUUAUCUUCAAUUGCACCAUCUUCCGGCCUCUGUGUUGAAGGAGCGAUUGCCUGGUAUUUCAGAAACAGCCGCCAUUUUUGCAGGUGUGGAUGUGACGAAGGAACCGAUUCCCGUCUUGCCUACCGUCCAUUACAACAUGGGUGGUAUUCCUACUCGUUACACUGGUGAAGUCAUCAAGGUGAACGAAAAGGGCGAAGAUGAGGUCGUCCCAGGUUUGUAUGCAGCCGGUGAAGCCGCCUGUGUCUCUGUACACGGCGCUAACCGUUUGGGCGCCAAUUCGCUGUUGGAUAUUGUUGUCUUUGGUCGUGCUGUCGCUCAUCAUAUUGCUGAGAACUUGGAGCCCAACACACCCUUGAAGCCAUUUGCUUCUGAUGCAGGUGCAAAGUCGAUCGCUAAUUUAGAUAAGUUGCGUCAAUCCCAAGGCCCCAAACAUACUUCUCAAAUCCGUUUGAAUAUGCAAAAGGUAAUGCAAGCGGAUGCUGCUGUCUUUAGAACUCAAGAAACUUUGGAUGAAGGUGUCAAGAAAAUUGAUAAGGUUUGGGAAUCCUUUAGAGAUGUUGGUAUCUCAGACCGUGGUAUGAUUUGGAAUACAGAUCUGACGGAAACUUUGGAGCUUCAAAACUUGCUCACUUGUGCCUCUCAAACAAUGCAUUCUGCUGCUGUCCGUACUGAAUCGCGUGGUGCUCAUGCCCGUGACGAUUAUCCCAAACGUGAUGAUGAAAAGUGGAUGAAGCAUACUUUAUCUUAUCAAAAUCAAGAAACGGGUGAGGUGACAUUGAGUUAUCGUGGUGUGACGGCCACUACUUUAGAUGAAAAUGAAUGUAAACCCGUACCUCCAUUUGCCCGUGUGUAUUAA